AUGGGUUUUGAUCUGAACGCACAACCACCAGAUCAAGUAGAGGCCUUACCAGACCUGAAUGAGCCACCAGACAAAGAACCCUUACAAAUGCAUUGUGCCUUACCAGACUUGAAUGAGGAACCCAUGCAAAUUCAUGAGGCACAUUGUACUGACCUUGCUUCCUUGCAUGCUGAUGCGGGUGGGCAGGCCAUACUAGACCUCAAUGAGCCACCUACUGAUGAUGACUGCCAACCAGAUGGAGAUGUCACCUUUACUGUUCCUAAUGAACAAGAUUAUUUUGAUCUCAAUUUACAAGCUUCUGCCCAAUAUGAAGAAAUGCAAAAAAUCAAUGAUUCCUUCUUUGAGGCCAUGGAGGAGGACAUGCUCGUGUAUGGCGUUUACACGGACGAAGUCGACAUUGUCUUCAACCAAGAGGUCGUGGAUGGCUCAAGCAACGAAGAUGGACAUGAAACUGCAAAUGUUCGCACCAGGGCAAAAGAUCUUACUCCAACUCAAAGACAACAAAUAUAUGAAGCUUUGCUUGAGAGAAGUGUCAACGGUAAACUAAGGAGAAACAGUACAAAUAGGGUUGCUGAAUUGUUCAAUGUCCAUCGAUCGGCGAUGUGGUGGAUUUGUAAGUGUGCAAAGCAAUGUCGUGAUACUGGAAUAUCAGUUGAUAUCGGUUCUAGAAAGCCCAAGAAUUCUGGCCGGAAAAAGGUUCAAGUUGACCUAUCACAAAUUCCAACAAUUCCACUGCGCAGAAGAUCGACUAUAAGAUCUCUGGCUCAAGCUCUAGGUUCAAACAAAAGCACAUUACAUAGGCUGUUCAAACAAGGACUCUUACGACACUCACAAUAA